AGGCGGCGGCGGUGGGGUCUUCGGGGCUGGGACUCCGGGAGGGUCGCGAGUCGCGCGCGUGGUAAGGUUCUCGCUCGGUUCUCCCGGACAGUCUGCCCCCGGGCAGCGCCUCGUGGCCCGGGCAGACAUAUUUGGUACCUGCCGGAGAAGUGCUGAAUGAAUUCACGCAGAGAGCCGGGACCGGGAGGGGAGGUGACAGUGAGAGGUUAGAGUUAGUUGUGGAUUGGUAAAAAGCUACUAUGGAGACUAAGGACCAGAAGAAACAUAGAAAGAAAAACAGUGGGCCCAAAGCUGAAAAGAAGAAGAAACGUCGUCUGCAGGAUCUCCAAAUUGGAGAUGAGGAAGAUGCCCGGAAGCGAAACCCCAAAGCAUUUGCAGUCCAGUCUGCUGUGCGGAUGGCGAGAUCCUUUCACAGGACUCAGGAUUUGAAGACAAAAAAGCAUCACAUUCCAGUGGUUGAUCGAACUCCACUAGAGCCCCCACCAAUAGUGGUAGUGGUGAUGGGGCCUCCAAAAGUUGGAAAGAGCACUUUGAUCCAGUGCCUCAUUCGGAACUUUACCAGGCAGAAGCUGACAGAGAUCAGAGGCCCUGUGACAAUCGUGUCAGGUAAAAAGCGCAGACUCACCAUUAUUGAAUGUGGAUGUGACAUUAACAUGAUGAUUGAUCUGGCUAAAGUAGCGGAUUUGGUUCUGAUGCUUAUAGAUGCCAGCUUUGGGUUUGAAAUGGAAACGUUCGAGUUCCUAAACAUCUGUCAAGUACAUGGCUUUCCUAAAAUUAUGGGCGUUCUCACUCACCUAGAUUCCUUUAAGUAUAAUAAGCAACUGAAGAAGACAAAGAAGCGACUAAAACACAGGUUCUGGACAGAAGUCUACCCGGGUGCCAAGCUAUUUUACCUUUCUGGAAUGGUACACGGAGAAUAUCAAAACCAAGAAAUUCACAAUCUGGGCCGUUUUAUUACAGUUAUGAAGUUUAGGCCUCUUACAUGGCAGACUUCUCACCCUUAUAUCCUGGCAGACAGGAUGGAAGAUUUGACAAACCCAGAAGAUAUUCGAACAAAUAUCAAGUGUGACCGAAAGGUGUCUCUUUAUGGUUAUCUAAGAGGAGGACACUUGAAAAAUAAAAGCCAAAUUCACAUACCAGGUGUAGGAGAUUUUGCUGUGAGUGACGUCAGUUUCCUCCCAGACCCCUGUGCCCUUCCUGAACAGCAAAAGAAGCGCUGUUUAAAUGAGAAGGAGAAGUUGGUGUAUGCACCUUUCUCUGGAGUUGGUGGUGUGCUGUAUGACAAAGAUGCGGUCUAUGUCGACCUUGGGGGCAGCCAUGGCUUCCAGGAAUCGGAGGAGGUGAGGCCCACCCAUGAACUGGUCCAGAGUCUCAUUUCCACCCAUUCCACUAUUGAUGCCAAGAUGGCUUCAAGUAGAGUGACACUGUUUUCUGAUUCCAAACCACUGGUGUCAGAGGAUAUAGAUAAUCAAGGGCUGUGGAUGCCAAAAGAGGAAAAGCAGGUGGAUUUAAAAACUGGUCGAGUGCGUCGGAAAGCCAUUUUUGGAGAUGAAGAAGAUGAUUCUGGAGAUAGUGAUGAUGAAGACGAUAAAGAAAUGUCUGAAGGUGACAGGUUGGAAAAUAGCUCUAGUGAUGAUGAAACAGAAGAGGGGGAAGAUGCUGAAAUGACUGGUAAACAGUAUAUGUCUGGUAAAGGUAUCAAACGGCAAAAACUUGAGAUGGAAGAAGACGUUGAGGUGGAUUUGCCAGCGUUUGCUGACAGUGAUGAUGACCUUGAGAGAAGCUCAGUAGAAGAAGCAACAGAGGAAGCUGAUGAAAGCAUUGAAGAAGAGGAUUCUACUGCAGAGGAAGAGAGGGAUAUUUUAGAAUCAAAAGCUGUUAGAGAAGGUGGUAAGCCAGGACUGUUACAAACUAAUGAUCUGAGUGAUAGUUUGAAUCUGGAGAAGUCUUUGACAAUGAAAAAAGCAACCCUCACCACUUCAGAUUCAGGUCAUUGCACAGCUGAAGAGGCAUUUGCAUCUGAAGAUGAAUCUGAAGAAAACUCUCUCAGUACAGAGGAGGAGGACUCAGAAAAUGAAGAGGUUAUUAGGAAAAAGUUUCCAAAGCCUUCUCAAGUGGUCAGUAGUCAGAAACUGGGGUCAGAGAACUUAACUGAUGAGACCUGUGAUAUAGAAGACUUACUCAGAGAGGAAGAAGAUUAUAAGGAAGAAAAUGACUAUUCCACAGAAACUUCAGGUGCCCUCAAGUGGAAGGAAGACCUUUCCAGGAAGGCAGCUGAGGCCUUUCUGAGGCAGCAACAAACAACUCCAAACCUUCGAAAGCUCAUUUAUGGGACAGUGACAGAGGAUAACGAAGAAGAAGAUGGUGAUACCAAGGAAGAGCUUGGAGGGUUGUUUCGUGUCAGCCAGUCUGCCAGUGAGUGUAAGCACAAGGCUGACUCUUUGGACUGCUCCAGAUUUCAUGUGGAGGUGCCCCAUGAUUGGGAUUUAGAGGAGGUUAUGAACAGUAUCAGAGAUUGCUUCGUGACUGGGAAGUGGGAAGAGGAUAAAGAUGCAGCCAAGAUCUUAGCAGAAGAUGAGGAGCUCUAUGGUGACUUUGAAGACCUGGAAACAGGGGACGUGCACAAGGGAAAAUCAGGCCCGGAUACUCAGGUUGAAGAUGUGGAGGAAGAAGUUAAAGAAGAAAUUGACCCCAAUGCAGAGGAAAGUGCCAAGAAAAAGCAUUUGGAUAAAAAGAGAAAAUUGAAAGAGAUGUUUGAUGCAGAAUAUGAUGAAGGAGAAAACACAUACUUUGAUGAUCUUAAAGGAGAAAUGCAGAAACAAGCACAGCUUAACCGGGCAGAAUUCGAAGAUCAAGAUGAUGAAGCCAGAGUUCAGUAUGAGGGUUUUCGACCUGGGAUGUAUGUCCGAAUUGAGAUAGAAAACGUCCCCUGUGAAUUCGUGCUUAACUUUGACCCACAUUACCCAAUUAUUUUGGGUGGUUUGGGCAAUAGUGAGGGCAAUGUUGGAUAUGUACAGAUGCGUCUGAAGAAACAUCGUUGGUAUAAGAAAAUCCUCAAGUCCCGAGAUCCAGUCAUUUUUUCUGUAGGGUGGAGGAGGUUUCAGACCAUCCCACUUUAUUAUAUUGAAGACCACAAUGGAAGACAGAGGCUUCUGAAAUACACCCCACAGCACAUGCAUUGUGGAGCAACCUUUUGGGGUCCUAUCACUCCGCAGGGUACUGGGUUCUUGGCAAUACAGUCUGUCAGUGGCAUAAUGGCUGAUUUCCGGAUAGCUGCCACAGGAGUUGUCCUUGAUCUGGAUAAAUCUAUAAAAAUUGUGAAGAAAUUAAAGCUAACUGGCUUUCCAUAUAAAAUUUUCAAGAACACUUCAUUCAUUAAGGGAAUGUUUAAUUCUGCUUUGGAAGUGGCCAAAUUUGAAGGUGCUGUGAUUCGAACUGUCAGUGGAAUAAGGGGACAGAUCAAGAAGGCGCUCCGGGCUCCAGAAGGAGCUUUCCGGGCCACCUUUGAGGAUAAACUGCUGAUGAGUGACAUUGUCUUCAUGAGAACUUGGUAUCCUGUCUCUGUUCCAGCCUUCUAUAACCCAGUAACAUCUUUGUUGAAACCAGCUGGUGAGAAAGACACCUGGUCAGGAAUGCGGACAACUGGUCAACUCCGGCUCUCCCAUGGCAUCAAACUAAAGGCUAGCAAGGAUUCUCUGUAUAAGCCAAUUGUGAGGCAAAAGAAACAUUUUAAUUCACUGCACAUUCCAAAAGCCUUGCAGAAGGCCCUGCCAUUUAAGAGCAAGCCCAAGACGCAAGCAAAGGCAGGCAAGAUUCCGAAGGACAGACUGAGACCAGCUGUCGUACGGGAGCCUCAUGAAAGGAAGAUCCUUGCGCUGCUGGAUGCUCUGAGUACAGUGCACAGUGAGAAGAUGAAGAAAGCCAAGGAGCAACGGCAUCUGCACAACAAAGAACACUUCAAAGUGAAGCAGAAGGAGGAAGAAGAGAAACUGAAGCGACAGAAGGACCUCAGGAAGAAGCUCUACCGAAUUCAGGGUCAGAAAGAAAGAAGAAAUCAGAAGUCCAGCCUGAAGGGGCCUGAGGAGCAAUUGAAGUGAUCUCCAGACAGACAGACAGACAGACAGUCAUUUGAAUCUGCAGUGAUAAAUGGUUUCAUAUAUUGUAGUACUUUUAAAUAACAAGUCAGGGGACUGGAGCCUAAGCACAACCUCUUUGUUGGAUAUAUUGCCUAGACUGUGCCUUUGAGAGGAGAAAUGGAGACUGCUGAUAGGACACCUGUUCAUUCUCAACAUCUGAGUUAUGUCACAAUAAAGCCAUAUAAUUGAUGGUUUUCUAGAUUCCCUCACAUUCCUCUUACCUGUCUCAGUUUAAUUUUGUGCUACAAAAGUAUCAUUAAAAUAUUUUCUUGUUAAUUUUGGCUUAGUAGUUUUCAUUAGGGAAUGAAUGCUUGAUAAUUGCUUACUGUACCACCUUCAUGAUGAGUCUUCCAGAAGGGAAAAAAUAUUAACUUGAAUCCUCAGCAUUAAGGUAAAAUUUUAGAGAAGGAUAUAUAGUUAUUUUUAUUUUUUUGUCUGUCAUAUGUUAUAUUCUUUGACUAUUGACCCUCAUGGACAUUUUACAUCUUAUUUCACAUGUUUUUCAAGUUAGUAUAAUAGCUAGUUAACACUAAAUACUGUUUUAAUACUUUUAGACUAGGGAUGACAUCUGUGGAGGUAGUUAGCAUUCUCUCUGAAGUUCAUGUUGAUAUACCCUCUGGGUCUAAAAUGCAUGCCUGAGAGCCAUCAACACCUUGCUGGGAGUGGGUAGAAUCUUCUAGGAAUAGGAAGGGAUCAAGAUGAAACAGUCAGGUCUUAGUCCAGCAUUCUUUCCUCAGUAUCUUCACUACCUCAAAGAACAUCACCAAGUCCAAUCCGCAUAUGCAGGCCAGCGCCCAAGAAGCCCAGAUGAUCCUGCCAAGAUGUCCAUUUGACUAAAAGCUGAGCAGGUCCAGCUUAGCAAGGCUGUGCACAGAAGCCAGACACGUAACUGACAUGAACAAAGAGGGCAGCCUGUCUUUCCCAGUGUCUUAAACUACUUCCUGCAGACUUGACCAUCCCAGUGCUAGGUGCAAGGAGGGUCUGGGUAGGGCUCCAGGCUCUGCCACUCUUCAUGGUGUGACUGGGUAAGUUCCUGAGUAUCUUGGAGUUUCAAGCUUCUUAUGGGGAUUAGUUUAUCAUCCCCAAGUAAUAUGGGGAUGAUAAACUAAUCUGGCAGUCUGUGAGGAUUUAAUGAGACAAAAUGCAAAGUGACUGGUACAGAACAGAUUUUUAAAUUUUUUGUUUCUCCUUCUGGUUCCAUUUUAAAGAGUUGUAUAGGUCUGUGAAUUUGAACACUUAUAUAGGUUUUAAAACAUACCUAUAUAUUCAUGUAAUCAACACCACUAUGAAGAUACCAAACAGUCCCAUCUUUCCAAAGCACUUCCUCAUGCUGUGCAACCCAAGCCUUCCCCACUUCCCCACUCCCCACUACCAAAAAAACUGAUGUGUUUUUCAUCACUACAACUUUGUCAUUUCAAGAAUAUCAUGUAAGUGGAACAAUACGGUAUGUAAUCUUUUGAAAUUGGGAUCAUAUCUUUGAGAUUCGUCCCAAUUGUCCUGUGUAUCAAUGGUGCGUUCCUUUUGAUUACUAAAUGGUUACCAGCUGUACAGACAGGCCACAGUUGGUUAUCCAUUCUCCAGUGGAAGAGCAUUGUGGUUGUUUCUAGCUUUGGGCAGUUAUGAAUGUGGCUGCUGUAAAUAUCUGUGUAGAGGUUUUCGUGUGAACAUAAGUUUUCAUUACUCCAGGGUAAAAAUACCCAGGAGUAGCACUUCUGGGUCAUAUGGUUUAAAAGAACUGUCAGACUGUCUUCUGGAGGGGCUGUACCAUUUUGCAUUCCAUCUCACUGGUUUUAAUUUGCAUUUCCCUAAUGACCAAUAAUAUUGAGCAUCUUUGCAUAUGCUUACUUGCCUUUCAUAUACUAUGUCCUCUUUGGUGAAGUUUAUGUCCAAGUCUUUUGCUACUUUUUAUUUGGAUCUUUUUUUUUUUUUUUUUUUUGCGGUACGUGGGCCUCUCACCGUUGUGGCCUCUCCUGUUGUGGAGCACAGGCCCCGGAUGCGCAGGCUCAGCGGCCAUGGCUCACGGGCCCAGCUGCUCUGCGGCAUGCGGGAUCUUCCCAGACCGGGGCAUGAACCCGUGUCCCCUGCAUCGGCAGGCGGACUCUCAACCACUGUGCCACCAGGGAAGCCCUGGAUCGUUCUCUUAUUGUUGAUUUUGAGAGUUUUUAAUAUAUUUUGGAAGCAGUCCUUUGUCACAUAUGCGAUUUACAAAUACUUUCUCCUAGUCUAUUGCUGUCUUUUCGUUCUCUUAACGGUAUCUUUUGCAAAAUUUAAAAUAUUUGUCAAGACUAAUUUAUUACUUUUUUUCUUUUAUGAAUCGUGCAUUUGGUGUCAUGGCUCAGAACUCUUUUCCUAACCACAGAUCAUGAAGAUUUUCUAUGUUUUCUUCUAAAAGCUUUGUAGCUUUACGAUUUUCAUUUUGAGUUAACUUUUGUAUAAGGUGUGAGAUUUAGAUUGGGGUAUUUUUUUUAAACUUACAGACAACAAAUUGUUCUAAUACCAUUUGUUGAAAGGCUAUCCUUUCUCCAUUGAGAUACAUUUGCAUCCUUGUCAAAAAUAAUUUGGGCACAUUUGUGAGGAUAUAUCCUGGGCUCUCUGUUCUGUUCCAUUCGUUGAUUGAUGCGUCUAUACCGUUGCUGCAAGAUCUUGAUUAUUGUAGCUUUACAGUAAGUCUUAAAAUUGGGAAGUGUGAUUCCUCUAAAUAAAUUUAUUUCUCUUAUUCAAAAUUGUUUCAGCUGUUCUAGGGCCUUUCCCUUUUGGUAUAAAUUUUAAUAAGCUUGCCUACAUUUACCAAAAAAUCCUGCUGUGAUUUUGAUUGCAUUAAGUCUGUAGAUCAACUUGGAGAGCAUUGACAUUUUCACUCUUGGGUCCUCCAGUCCAUGGCAUAUCUCCCCAUUUAUUUAGGACUGUUUUUGGCUUCAAACUGUUUACUGCUAGUUUUUAGAAAAACGAUUAAUUUUUGUACGUUGAGCUUACAUUCUGUGAUGUUACUAGGCCCAUUUAUUCUAGAUCUUUCUUGUGGGGGAGGGGAACACAUUCCUUGGGAUUUUAUACUUAGACUAUCAUGUUGUCUGCAAGCAGAGACAGUUUUUAUUCCUUCCUUUCCAACUGUAUGCCUUUUUUUCUUAUGUGUUACACUGGAUAGGACUUCCAGUAUAAUGGGAAAUUGGACUGUUCAAUGUGGGCAUCCUUGCUUUGGUCCCAAUUUUUUUGUAGAUGCUCCUUCUCAGUUUGAGGAAAUUCCUUUCUGUGCCUGGUUAGCUGGGAAUCUUUAUCAUGAAUGAAUGUUGAAUUUUGCCAAAUGCUUUUUCUUCAUCAAUUUAUAUAAUCAUGUAGUUUUUUCACCUUUCGACUGUUAAUAUGAUGAUUA